AUGACGCCCGUUGUCUUGGGUGAGUUGGUUGGUGAUGGAUUAUUGGCAUGUCUGGGGGUUGCUGGGAACACAUUCAUCCUCAGCAGUAAUGCCUGGCACUUUUGGAGUGGAGCAAGAGAGAAGCCAGGUCACCUCCUUGCUGGAGAAAUGACAAUCUCAUGCAUCGCUGUUGCCAACUUGCUCAUGAAUCUGAUUGGCUUCCUGUGGUUUGUGAUAAAGACCUUCCACUUGGAAUGCCUGUUUGGGAAUGUAGCAUACAAGUGUAUAAUUUAUUCUCUCAUAGUGACUGGGGCAUGCAGCUUUUGGUUCACCAACUGCCUGUGUGUCUUUUAUCUGGUGAAGAUCAUCAACGUCCCCAACGCCUUCUUCAUCAGACUGAAGCGUAAUAUCUCCGUCCUGACUUCCACAUUUCUAGUCAUCACUUUUACCUUCAUCCCUACCAUUUUGUCUUUUCAGUUCCACCAAACAAACAUUUCGGAAGCCAACGGAAAUGUUUCUGAGUCAGCCUGCAAUGUAUACAUGACAAAUUAUAUCCCCACUGGGAUUCAGAUCUUGAGUGGGGUCCUGCUGCUCUACCUGCCUGCAGGCAGCAUGGCAUAUGUCUGUGUCCGGAUCGUGGUCUACCUGCACCAUCACAUUAAGAGGAUGAAAAGAAGCAGUUAUUCUGAAACUCCUUUAUCUUCUUCUCUACAGGCCCAAAUCAGGAUCUCCAGAAUGAUCACCUGUUUGGUCAUCGUCUACUUGCUCUGUGACACAGUCCUUUUCCUGGUUCUCUUGGGCAGAUUAUUUUUUAUGCAACAACAAUUUGAUUCACACCUUCGGGGCUUUUGCUAUUUCUGCUUUCACCGGGGGCACAGCCUCCAUAAUAAUUUUUGA